CUGGAUAAGAAAGUAUUGGACCAAAUAGCUAGUGGUCACGACUCGAGUAAUGUCACGCAAACGCUCAUCAAAAAAGGCAAUUCGUUGUUUUGUGCGCUAAAUCUGAGCGACUCUAUCGCCGGCGUUGUAUUACUGGCCCUUUCACUGGUGGUUCUCUGCGGUUGUCUUGUCUUAAUGGUUAAAUUGCUUCACUCUAUGCUUAAGGGACAGAUAGCAGUCGUCAUAAAGAAGACAAUGAAUAGAGACUAUCAGUUCCCGUAUUCAAUAUUAGUUAACUAUUUGGCAAUACUUGUCGGAUGUAUAAUGACUAUUUUGGUGCAAAGUAGUUCAAUAUUCACUUCAGCGCUCACCCCAUUGGCUGGCAUUGGAGUGAUAUCUUUAGAAAGGAUGUAUCCCUUGACUCUCGGAUCUAAUAUUGGCACCACUACUACAGGCAUUUUGGCGGCUCUGGCGGCGGACUCUAGCAGUUUGAAGGAUACAUUACAACUUGCAUUCUGUCACCUAUUCUUCAAUAUAUCGGGAAUUCUCAUCUUCUAUCCGAUCCCAUGGAUGCGAUGGCCAAUAGGGUUGGCCCGUAUGUUAGGCAACAUCACAGCCAAAUACCGGUGGUUUAGUGUCUUCUACUUAAUAUCGAUGUUCUUCUUAUUGCCAUUAACUGUGUUCGCGCUGUCAAUGACCGGCACGUGGGCUCUGGUAGGCAUUGGCGGACCGGUUCUUAUGGUCUGCUUUAUAGUGAUUGUGAUAAACAUAAUACAACACAAGAGACGAAGUCUUUUGCCCCUAAAGUUGCAGAACUGGAAUUUUUUGCCGCUUUGGAUGCACUCAUUGGAACCAAUCGACGAACUCAUUGCCAAACUAGUGGAAAGGUUCUCAUGUCUGGCCUGUUGUGCCGGCACUCAGUCCAGACACGACGCCGCUCUCAGUGCGCUCAGCCAACAGACCAAUCAGUCACAGCUCCACAUCUUAGGCUCACUCAACAACUCCAACAGCAGUACUCAACUCAAACACAUCUACGAAAACGACGGCUAUAUCUUGCACUGGGAGUCCGUUAGACUCAACCAAGAAUUGAAUGAUAAACAAGUGACUAAUCUUUGAUUACCACUCAUUGAGUCUUAGGCAUAGGUUUUGUAAAUAGUUUAAUCAAUUGUUCGCAAAUUUAAAUGUCAUUUUCGAUUAUAUAUUACAUCAAAUCAAAUAUGUUAUCAAUUUUACAGAUAAUUACACAUCAAUUCAAAUGAAUCUCAUUAUUCACCACUAAAUAUAAUUAUAAUUGUUUAAAAUUCUUUUGGAUUUUUUCCUUCGUUUUUUU